AUGAGUCAUCUCUACGGCCCACAAAUAAUUAAAGAUAAAAUUCUUACGAAUCUAUCGGCUGCUAUUCGAGAAAUUCAUCGUCUAGCUGUUGACAACGAAGACCAGACCCCACGAAUUAUAACCAAUGAUGAUUGGCAAGUACAUUGUCUACUGGAACACCUUGACUUUGCUUUACUUUAUGGAUUAAAGUAUGUUCAAGAUGGUUAUUAUAAAUGUGUGUCGGAGUUUACUCCAAAGUUACUGUCAAAACAGAUUGAAUCCUUGUUAAAUAUUGAAACAAAUAUUGGGCGUGGACGAGCAUGGUUUUUCCUUGCACUUAAUGAUAGUUUAACCGAAAGUUACAUGAAAUGUUUUCAAGAUAAUAAAAAAUUAGUGAAGAAAUUCUACACUAAUGAUUCGAUCAUCAAUGAUACUCAAAGAUUGAUCGCAUUGAUAACAUUAUGUUCGGGUUUAGAGAAUAUUCAAUUCAAUCUGAAAUCCGAUUGUGUAUACUUUGAUCGAAGUUGUUGGCCCGCAUAUUUACAAGUUGACGUGAAAGAAACAGAAAAACUUGCCUUACCAGGUGUACGAAAUGACGUACCAUCAUUUACAACGUAUCUUUCAAGAUAUGAUGUUCAACAUUUACCUUCAUCAUCAUCAGCAUUGAACAACGCAAUUGCCACGUCGAAACGUAUGCGUGUUCCGAAAAGAACGACACGUUCUUCCACGACAUCAUCGGUUGUUAAUAGUUUUAUAUCAUCGGAUAUUCACCCCGCUAAUCUUUCUCGUUCCUCUUCGGUUAGCUUUGACAAUCCAUCUAUCGAUGGAUCGUCGUUAAAUGAAGAACACCAAGGAAACAAUGCUGCAAAUUCACCAGUACUUUUAGCUAAUGUAAAUCCAGGCUUAAAUUCAAGUUUAAGUGAACUUGAUCCGAUGUUAAAUGGUCGACCACGAACACCAUCACCAUCACCAUCAACAAUGAUUGCUGAAUCAUCAAUUAUCUCGACAAUUCCUGAUAGUACACCAUCUGUGAUCGACUUCAACGAAAAUCCAAUCGAAACUUCAUCACCGCUCGUGAUUGAACAAUCGAUUAGUGUAUCCGAAUCGACCGAACAUUCUGUACCCUCAUCAUCAUUAGCGUCGAUCGAUAAUGGAAUACAUGAACUAAGUAUUGAAAGAAAAAACGAUGAUCUUUUUCAAAACAUUCCAGAAGAUCCACUUGACAUGCUCGCUGAUGCGAAUAUGCAAUUACAAUUUACGCUGGAAAUUUAUGAAAUGGAAAAUAAAGAAAAAUUCAUCAAACUAUUUCCGACGAUAAUCGGUCAUAAUAAUGGCAAUCCCGAAGUUGUUUACCUUCUUGUAACUACGCUCAAUGUAUAUUUACUUCGGCAAGUAAAUGAAAUCAAUGGUUCAUAUCGCUUGAAUAAAAUUGAAAGUGUUCGAAUUGAACAAAUUGAUUAUAUCGAAGUUGGUCCAAAUGAACAAUUUCUACGUAUCAUUACAAUUAAACAUACAAAACUUCGUUGUUUAACCACUGGAUCUGUGGACUUGACAAAAGCGAUAUGUGCAAGUAUUCGUGAAGCUGCUGAUUAUGGGCGUUUUCCUCAAGCACAAGUGCUACCUGCAACUAUGCAAGAAAUAUCAAUAAAAAAAGAGCUAGCAAAUGAUUUAAAAAAGAAUAGUGUACAUGGUGUCAAAUUACUCGAUUAUCACUAUAUAUUUUGGGAAGAACCACAAAUGUCUGGCCGGAAAUUACGUAAAGAAGGUUAUCUUUAUGUGAAACUUGUUGAACCACCGUCUGCUAUAAAACGUCUGAGCGCAGCUACUCUCAAAUCUCAUCGACAACCAUUUGAAAUUUGGCGAAAUGUUUACGUCACUCUAAGAGUCGAUCGUCUAAACAUCUAUUUGCAUAAGUCAGAUACUACUUCAGCAUUAUCGUAUACCUUACUCGAUGAAAACUGUCAGGGAUGCCGCAGAAAUCGUAAUACUGAUCGUCCGUAUGCUAUUGAAAUCAUGUUUGCUAACGAUGUCAAAUUGAUAAUGGCAGCCAAGACGAAAGCCGAACAAGACGAAUGGCUAAAUGCGAUUAUGAAAGGUCUUUCUCAAGGACGUAUGGCGACGAAAGAUGAAGAAAAUACAGCGAAUACAGUUCCAUGCAGUGUAAUUUUAACUGAAGAGAAGGUUUAUGUCUGUCAUGAUGAACAGGACAAUGCCCUUAUUCGUCAACUCGAAUCAAUCAAAUUGGAAUAUAUUGCACGAUUAUUAAUUGAUUCAACUUGUCCAUACUAUUGUGUAUUAUCUAUUGAAAAUGCAAGCCAAAGUUCAAAAUCUUGGAUUUUCUACUUUCUAUUUGCUAAAGAGAUGACCCAAUUUAUCAAAUCUCUGCGAACCGCUUUGUCCAACACAUAUCAGGUUCCUAUCGAUAUUCAAUCCUUAAAUGAUCUUUCAUUUCAACGUGAAUGUGAACGCACUGCGAAACUUCUUCUUCGUUCGUAUCGUCCUCUACAAUUAAUUUCAUAA